CGACCGCGACGCGAACAGCAACACAGCAGACGACGCGAGGAUACAAUCGCCGGCUUGGAAGUUCGGAACCGGUGGUGGUGCCUUUUCGUUCUCUUCUUCGUUCAACCCGCGCGCGCGACGAGCCUUCGAAGGAUCCGCCGAGGAGAGCGGAACACUGCUCAGUGCUCAGUGAUCGACUGACAACCGCCGUCGACAGUCGCGCUGCCGGUCGACCGGCGUUCGUGAUUCCGCGAACCACCUCCCCAAAAAACAUCACAGAAGGAUAUAUACCCGCAGGCGGCGGGAUCGAAGAUCCGGGCGUCCAGGAGGCGCCACCGGGCCUCGCUACUACGGGGUGGUCUCGAGUCUCUCUUUCGGUCGUCCGUCGUUAUCGUCUGUUCCAGACAGUGUGUUUUUGAAGAGGUUUGAAGGUUCCAUUUAAACUCGACGCGAUAAGAGAAGAGAGUGAGAGAGAGAGGGUACAUUAGACCUUCGCUUUUCUGGGAGUUCAGGUCUGGAAUGUGAAUUACCCCGAGACCUACAGGGCCUGACUGCGUGCUAGCGAUAGUGUUGCGAUAGUGUGUGAAUAGUGUGUAUCGUCGUCGUCGUCGUUUGAUGAUGCGGAGAGUGGCCACAACGGUGAUGGUGAUGAGCGUCAGCAUGAUGAGCGUUAUGAUUGUGCGUGCCGGCACCGCAGAGCUUUUAAUGGCGAAUGGGGAAACGAAAAACGUCCACUCCAGUGCUUAGUAGUGCCAUCGUCGUCGUCGUCGUCGUCGUCGUCGUACGAACGUGCGCGUAGGCCAAGAAUCGCCGCAGUGACCACCUCGUCUCUGUUGUGUCUGUUGUGUGUUGUGUGUGCGGGCGAGGGCGCGUCCAUAUUGCCUGCUGGUGAAGAUAUCGAUUAUAACGAAAAGGAAAGUUAAACGCGCUCGUGCGCGCUCGAGAAAGUUGGUGUGUGUGUGUGUGUGUGUGUGUGUGUACGUGUGUGUCGCGGUGUAUUCGAUGAUCAGAGCGUUUGGUGUCAAGUGGUUCCGCCGGAGUGGUUUGUUUAUUCAUCCCGCAAAGCAAUCUGCGUCCAUUUUCGGAGAGUAAUACAGUUAGAUAAGCAGAUCGUUUUAACGUUGUUUUUAAAGUGCUCCGGUGCCUAAAGUGGUUGGAACGGAUUCGUUUCGUGGAGUUAAAUGGUAUUCGAAACAUAAUUGAGGCCGUUAAGGUAGUCGCUCUGAGUGAUAAGCAUAAGCAGCAGCAGCAGCAGCAGCAGCAGCAUCGAAGUGAUCCAAGUGAUCUCUCUUUAAAACGCACCCCUCCCGCAACGCACCCUCUGCUCGUAGUCAUGACAACGAAUAGUAGCAACCUGAAGCUAUCUGGAAAUAUAAUCGGUCUCACAUCCAAGCAACAACUGCACAGUCAGCAGCAGCAGCAGCAGCAGCACCAGCACCAGCAACAACAGCAACAACUAACGCACCAACAGCACCAGCACCUUCAGCAGCAGUUCCAGAAGCAGAAACUGAAACACUCUCAGCACCAGCAACAACUCCAACAGCUACAGCAGCAGCAUCAUCAUCAGCAGCAGCAGCAGCACCAACAACAACAACAACAACAUCAGCAGCAAUCGCUCGGGACGAUUCCGGCAGCCGGUUCGGUAGUGACCAACUCGCUAUCGAACGGCAUCGGACCAGGAGGAGGAGGAGGUGGUGGUGGAGGUGGAGGUGUCGGUAACGGCGGUACUGCUGGUGGUGGCAUCCUCACCAAUGGUGGCGGCGUUGGAGUAAAGUCUGUGCUCGGUGGACUGAUCAGUGGUAUACCGCAGCACACGUCCGUGCCAGUGUCAUCGUCUUCAUCGUCCUCGUUGUCGCCGGUAGCCUCCAGUGGAAGCCACAUCCCGCCACGGUAUCAACCGCCACCUCAUCCACCCGGAGGCAUCCUCAAGAACGGUUACACCAACGGUCACCUACGGGCUUAUCACUCACCGAGACAGCAUCAGCAGCAGCAGCAGCAGCACCAACAGGACCUCGGGCAGAACGGACACAACGGUCCCGUUGUAACCUUCAGCAACACCAAACAGUCGUACGGUGGUGGUGGUGGUGGUGCGACGGCAGCGGUGGACCUGAACCUAAAGCGACCACCGAAUCCAUCGCGACUUCUGGCACCCCGUCAGCAUAUUCGCUUCUCCAAUCUACCACCCCUCGUGAACGGUGGCCAAGGGACGAGCGUUACGACCGCCACGAACAGCACGGUGACCACCGCGGUCACCACGAACGGUAGUCAGCACCAGCAGCAUCAACAACCGACAGCCGUACUAAGUCAGCAAUCGAUACAGCAGGCUCAUCUGUUGCCACCGUCCCAGUCGCACGCACGGCUCAGCUCAGAGUCCUCGUCCGAGGAUCAAACGACGAGCUCGACGCGAUCGCUGCAGGCACACUUGGCGCACGCGAAACCACCGGCACCAUCGGCCGCCCAUAUCCACCAGACGACGGCCAUCGUGCAUCAUAACGCCAACGGUAUCGCGGUUGGCAGUAGCAGCAGCAGCAGUAGUAGUGGUGGUAGUGGUGGUCAUCCAACUCAACCUCCAAUUUCCACCGUCACGUCCGCCUCGUUAGUCAACGGACCAGGAGCGCCACCUUCAUCAUCGCAGCUGACCAUCAAACCGGCUCAGCCACCCUCGUCUAACCUACCCACGGCCAUCGGCAACGGCAAUCACCUGCAUUUGCACCAUCACCAGCAGCAACAGCAUCCGGUUCAGGUGCACCAGCAUCCGGCCAUCCAGCAGCACCAGCAAGAGAUGUUGAAGUUUGUCCGGAAGGCCGAGUCAGAGACUUCCUCUACACCGACCUCUUCUGCCGGUGGUCGCGUUACCGCCCUCGAUCAGAAUCGACACUUUCAGAAUCUGUUGGCGGAGUUAAGGGCACUGAAGGAAGCUAAUCAGCGGUUAAGCGACGACAACCAGGAGCUGCGGGAUCUUUGCUGCUUCCUGGACGACGAUCGGCAGAAGGGCCGCAAGCUGGCACGCGAAUGGCAACGCUUCGGUCGCUAUACGGCCAGCGUUAUGCGGCAGGAGGUGUCCGCUUAUCAGACAAAGUUAAGGCAACUGGAUGAUAAGCAGCAGGAACUGAUCCGCGAUAAUCUCGAGCUGAAGGAGCUCUGCCUGUACCUGGACGAGGAACGGAACAACAACUCAAACAGCCGCACGGCGGCCGUGGCCGCAGCAGCAGUGGCAGCCGCCGCGACAUCCUCCACAGCAGCAGCGGCGGCGGCGGCGGCGUCGGCGGUCUGUUCGAACUGUGGCACCACAAAUGCGAACGCCGUCGCUGCCCUACGGGACGAUGGCGAUGGUAGCAGCUCCAGUACGAAUGCCGACGAAAACCUGCACAACAUUGGCCAGUUCGGUCGCAAUGGCAUGACGGACCUCAAUAUGCGGUCGACACUCAGCGACCAGACGCUGCAGUACGUCCGGGCCCUCGAGUCUCGGAUACGGCAGCUCGAGGAGGAGCGAGCGGUGGUACUGAACAAUACGGCGGUCGCGACGACCAAUGGUGGUAAUGCCACCACUGGUAGUGGUGGUGGUGCAAGUCAGCUGACCUCCAGUGCGGAUCCAAUUUCCGGACGACCCGAAGCGGUGGUGCGUGCCCUGCAGGUGCUCGAGGUGCGCGAACAGCUGGAACGCGAACGGAUCGGUACGACGCCCCCGGAUCAGCUGGACGAUGGCGAGAAGGCGCUCGUACGCGAGAUGUGCAAUGUGGUGUGGCGCAAGCUGGAGGAAGCUCCCAACACCGGUAUCGAUCAGCACGUAUGAUCGCGGUGUUCGAGUAUUCGCCAAGCGACGCGAUGCGAUGUACAAAUUAAUGCUAAUGAUGCUAGUUCUCUUGGUGGAAGGAGGGGAGAGCACGGGGAUGGUGAGCAUCCCAGCUCCUCCUUCCCCCCUCCUCGUGCGCACACACUCCUAUCCGGUGAUGGCAAUGACAGUUUCGAUCGAUUCGAUUCGAGUGAUCGAGAUCGAGAGGAUGUUUUUGCGUCAAACGAGUAGCAGUAGGAUAGGAAGGAUAGUUGUGCAACAGAGGAAGGAAAAGAGAGCAGAGGAAGGUCAGGAUGGGCCUGAGAUGAGCGGUUUGAGGGCGAUCUUGUGUCCGCUUUGCAAGAUCUACCCUUCGUACCCGCCUCAAUCUCUCUCCCUCGCUAGGGAUUCGUCGUUUAGGUUUAGUGUAUUUAUCGACGGUCAUCAGGUGUAGGCCGUAGCAGGGGGCUAUGCGGAGGGCUUUGGAGGCGAUAGCAAGGAGGUGAUAAGCUUUAGAAGUGUGUUUCAAGCCAGCGACACUUAUAGCCAGAGGCUCUAGGUUUUGAACAACCGUCUAGGAGGGAUAAGAAGCCGUCAGCUUAGUUAGAGUAGAGUAGGGCGGUCCGGAGACGGAAAUUGUUUUACUUUUUGUACAGAGUCACCGCCGCGAGCCGGCGCGGUGUGGGUGAUCGUGCGGUAGGGUAUCGUACGUACGUGUGUUUAUGGUUUAAGAUCGACGAUCGAUGUAGUGCUUGGCUUGUAAGUGUUGUUUUAUGUAUGCCUUCAUUUAUACACAUCCUGCCUGUACGUGUCUAAUAUUUUAUUGCUAUUUUUAUGAGUAUUGUACGCAGAGCAUUAUUAUGGAGCAAAAUAAAUUGUUAUA